AUGGAGGAGGAGACUCUUCUGAUGACUGAUGAUGAAGGCGUAGAUCUCUUCGCAAAGGCUAAAGAACUCUUCGCGAAAGGAGAUCACAUACAUGCAUUGGAGAUCAUCGAAGAUUUGAUGUUAGUCCACACGGAAGCAAAGGAAUCAUCACUUCUUCAUCUCGAACAAGGUAGAAUGUUCAUAAAACUAAAGGAACGAGCAGAGAAUCCUGACGUUGCAUUCGCAUACAUGUUGGCUGCUGUUGAAUGCUUUUGGGAAGAUCUCACGAUUUCUGGAGUUUGUGCACAUGGAAUCUACGAUUUAGCAAAACAGAGUGGGUCAGUAUUGUAUUACAAGAAAUUCUUGAAGAAAGCAAAACAUGCUUUAUCUCUAACUCAAGGAGACGACGCGGAUCCUGUUGCUGUAAGGACUUUGAGAGAGAAAUUAAAGGAACAGUGGAAGGGACUGAAGAGUUUAAUCAAAAAUGCAGAGCUCAAGAUCGCUGAAUCCAAGACUUGUCCUAUAAAGAAAUGCGAGUCAGAGGUUUUGAAGUCAAAGGCAAGUCCAAACCCGGUUACCAAUGAGAACAAAGGAUUGUUGGGGACGAGUUGGUCGGGAAUGGAUACUAAGAGCAAAAGGGACUUUUUGAAAGUAAACAUUGCGGAGCUUUUAAGAUUUUCCGAGGGAGCAGAGAACAGAAAGGAUUUGGAAGAAAUUCUCACUUCUGCUAAGGAAGACAGAAAAUGGAUAUUCUGGAUGUGUCGAACUUUAUGUUCGAAAAAGUUUUCUAGUGCUGAAGAAUGUAUGAAUCAUCUUGAGGAAAAACAUGAUGCAGAUUUUAAACCUUCUUCAGAAAUGGAUAUGGUCAAGAAGGUAGGGAAAGACUGGGCUCGUAAGAUAUGGCCUGGAGCUUGGGAACCACUGGAUGCAGUAGCUGCAGUUGAAAUGAUCAAGAACCCGCUUGCAGAUGUGAAAACCUUUAAAUCUAAUAGUGGAUGGUCCAAAAAAUGGCCUUUAGCUGUGGACGAAGAGCGCAGUAAGUUACUCAAGGAAAUCAAAUCGCUCCUUGUGUUGAUUCGUGACCAUAAAAUUCUCUCCUCUAGCAUUCGAAGCUGGCUGAUAAGUUUUCCGGUUAGACAACUAGGAAAACUUGAAGUUUCUGAACAGACUUUUGAUGAUUUUCAUCUAGUGAAAACUCCUCAGAGUAUCUGUUUUUUGGAAUGUCAUGACCUCAUUCACAUCCGAGACUUUCUGAAAAAUAUUAAGUGUGAAAGGGAUGAUGGUACAGAUCUGGUUUCCAGAGCAGUGGACAGUUUCUUGGAUCGUACUCGAGUUAAAGAAAAGAUCGACUUUGACCCUGAGUUUUCAAUUCUGCUUCUGGAUAAAAGACUGUUGAAAAGCACUGAUGCUCCAUUCGAUGAUGAAGGGGCCGUCGAUGUUUUUGAUCCUGAAGUUCACUACGCCAAGGCUCAUGCUCAGGGAGAUGAUUUCAUAUCCUGGUUAGUUGGCUACUCUUCAGUAGAUAGGAUCUUUGCCAGACCUAUCAGGGAACACAAUCUUGAUAUCUGGGUGGCUGUUCUGAGAGCUGUUCAGUUCACAUGUAGAAAUUUGGGAACCAAAUAUGCAAAGAAACUGCAGAUCAUAGAUUAUGCUGCAGCUCUUACUGUCGUCGAGAACUUGUGUAUUAGCGAAGAUGAAAGAAGAAGGAAUCUUCAGGAAGAUCAAUGGAACAGAUAUGCAUCUCUUCUGUGCGAUAAAUGUGAAGAGAGUGUCCCCGAAAAUUCCCUCAGUGCAAAAUUACUCUUGUGUGCUGUACGAGAUGUUCUCCAAGGAGCAUUGCAUCCGACAUAUGAUUUCUCAGAAGAUUGCAUGAAUUUCAUACGUGAGCGUAAAAGUGUCAGUGAUGAUAUUGUGUUGAAGUCCAUACAUCUUCUUAAAUCAGUGGUCACCCACAAGGUUCUUUCAUGA